UUUUUAUUGGGCCUGUUAAUCUUCCCUGGGACGCAGGCAGCCCCGCCAUGAGGGGGUUCACGGCCACAUUGCUUGUCUGGACUCUGGUUUCUCCCCAGGGCGGUGGCGGGGAGGCCUGGCCCACACACGUCGCCUGCAGGGAUGGGAAUUUGGAAGUUCUCUACCAGAGCUGCGACCCGCUACAAGAUUUUGGCUUUUCUGUUGACCAGUGUUCCAAACAAUUAAAACCAAACCUCCACAUUCGAUUUGGAAUCAUUCUGAGACAAGACAUCAGGGAGCUGUUUCUGGACGUCGCUCUCUUCAGUCAGGGGUCCUCCAUCCUGAACUUCUCCUACCCCAUCUGCGCGGAUCUGCCCAAGUUUUCCUUCUGCGGAAGAAGGAAAGGAGAGCAGAUUUAUUACGCCGGCCCUGUUAAUAAUCUCGGAUUUGAAAUUCCCACGGGAGAGUACCAGGUUCUGCUGGAGCUGUACAACCAGGACCACUCCACCGUGGCCUGCGCCAAUGCCACGGUCCUCUGCUCCUGAGCGUCUGGGAGUGUGCGGAGCUGUCGCGUGGCAACCGCGGCUCCUCCCGCUGAACCUGCCGCGAGGAAGGACCGGCAGACGGCAGAGCGAGGCUCCCGGAAGGCGCAGGCGCUGAUUUCCACCCCUGGACCAGAGGUCCCGGGCCCCAGGGAUGCAACGAAGUCCCCCCCAUCUGAUCUCGGGAGCUCCUGGGGGUCGCCAAGCAGUUUGCGGGUCCUGUCCCUCUUCCCUAAGUGCUCAUCUGACACCCCUCACCUCUUUCCAGCUCCUGGGGGCCCUUCCUCGGUCGCCCAGAAUAAAGAAACUGGCCCCACAA